AUGCCACGAUACACCCUCAUCUCAAAGUCAUCUUCUGAGCUCCCCCGUUCCACUGCUUUCGAACAAAAUAUUGGAUUUCUUGGAGAAUACGACCACGAAUCCCCACAUCUACUUCGUCGGCCAGCAGUAAACACCAUGAAACAAAUAAGCAUUGCGCUCAGCUUCGGCGCACUACUUGCAGCAGCCAUCCUGGGUCUCCUGAGGACAACAACUGUGCUACCAACAUCAAGUGUUUCACUUUUGCAACGAAAAAAAGACAUCGCCAAAUGGUCAUCUUGUGGCGACUCAGUCCCCGAGGCAAAAGAUCUCGGAUGUGUCUACGAUCCUUCUCUUUUAGUCUGGAUGAAACCGUACUGCAAGCCUGACGAUAUAGCCGAUCAAUUCAUUCGACAGCCUAUACAUACUGUAUACCACGACGAGGACAUGCAAAAACCAAUGAACAUGUCGUAUUAUCUAUCUGGGGAGUUCCCUCAGGCCUACGAUGCAGUAGAACAUCACAAAGCUCACUGUUUGAACGCUUGGAGAGCCUUGACCCAAGCGUCUCUCCUAAAAACUCCCGAUAUCCUGGUUCCUUUUGCUGCUCUUUCUUGGGAACAUACUGUACAUUGCAGCGAAGAUGUUAUUGUGCCUAAUAUGGAUAGCCCAUGGCGGACGAAGCCACACGUGCACUUCUGGGUUCAAUUUGAGAACUGUGAGCUCUUACGGUGA